GUCGCGGGUAACGUUCGACGCGCGUCGUGACUCGAAUGUUUUGCACAAGAAAACGAUUUGUUAAUAACGAUGUCAAGUCAUGCGAAGUACAGUUUCGGUAGUAUUUUCAGUAAAAAGUGGCGGCACGAACGAAAACUUGGUCGUUUCGUCGUUUUCGCGCCUUGCAACUGGCUGCAAUGAUGUAAUAAGUAUUCACCUUACUGAUUGUCGGAUUUUUGACAUAUAAUGUUACAUGGUUCAAUGGAUGAUUGGUUAGAACAAGAAUCGUCACUUCGCCUGAUACAUCGUGCAGACUUCCGAGUAUCCCUAAUAUUUAUGAACAUAUAAUAUGUUUAAUAUUUAAUAUAUAUAAUAAUAAUAAGUAAUUAUCAUAUAUAAAUAUAUCAGCUAUGUCCAAUGAGGAGCGCUUGAGGAAGCUCUUGUCGGAUCUGGGAAAGGCUACUCUGCGCGGAGUUCGGAAGUGUCCGAAGUGCGGCACUUACAAUGGUUCGCGCGGCCUCUGCUGCAAGAAUAAGUAUUGCGACGCGGUGUUCAAGGAACCUGGCGAGAAGCGCAAGUUGUCCACGGAAGCUUGUAAAUUGAUCACGGGCUCCACAGUACAGGUAUUUUCCGUAAGAGUGAGGGACAAGGGGCCUGAUUAUCGCGGAUUUGUGCAGUUACCAUUGAUAAACGCCACUAUUUCAAAUGACAUCACGACGUUUAUGUCGCAAACCACCGCAUUGUGCUUUGUUGACAGCUGCGAGAGGAGUUUCGACACCAGUGUACUCAAAUGCCACGAGAAGGAUUACUCGGACAUGUCAGUGUCGACAUGCCAGCAUAUUCAAGCAGCGCUGAAGUGCUACGCUGAGGCACAGCCGUUGACUCUGAGAAAUUCGAUCCUGUCAUCGUUGAAUGUAAAUAACGAGACGAAGCAGGAGAUAUGGCUGUUAGCGACAGAGACCUCCGGUCCAUUGGUGCAGAGAGUCUCUAAGAAUAUAAUGGCGGUGAAAUGUAAAGCUUCCCCUAAACAUCCAUUGGGCUAUCUCCACUUCUCCUUCUUCGUUACCAAGUUGAAGGACAGAAUCGAGCAUCGUUACUUCUGCAGUUGCACCACGUUCAAGGGUGCAACGAAGGGUGCUACCGCAGGGGGGGACAAAGUGGACAGCACUUCGUCGUCGCAGCCGAAGCGAUGCGUGCACUUCUACGCGUGUGUCUGCGCUUUUAUGAGCGAUCCAAAAUUGUCGGAAGAGUUCAGCUAUUAUAUUAAUCUAGAUCAGACGCAGUCGACUAUACCAAAACCCGUGACGACCGUGGCACAGAACGACGAGGAGGACAAAAUCGUCGGAAUCGAUCUGGAUAGUUUAACCACGGACGACACUGACACGCACCUCUUGAUUUUUCGCGACGACACCCUAACCGUGCAAAGUUUAGACGGGAACAGGCUUGACUUGGACUCCAUGAAUCUCGAUUCCUCGAUUUUAUCACACGGUAUCGUCGAAAACAUAGAAGUGGAGUGCGAUCGUAGUUUGUUGGACGACAACAACAUAAUAUCGCAGGUUCAUAAUUUGGAAGUGAUCGAUCAGAACGGCGUUCAGCUGAACGGGAACGCUAUAAAGAUACUGGACGACCAAGCGACAAUCGACACAAAGUACAACGUCCUCAACAACAGUCAAUACAUAUUAAACGAUAACAAUAUAAAAAUACUGGACGCAAGCACGUUGAAGGUACUCGAUGCGAACACCAUGCUGAGCGUGAACAACGCGAAGGUAGUUGAUAACAGCAACGUCCUUAACAAUGGCAUCAAGAUUAUCGAGAAGAACGCCUUGGUGCACUACGACAACAAAAGUCCGUCGAAUGUCGAGAGCAACGCGACGCAACCGGCGGCAGUCUCGAGCAAGCGAAAGAGGGAUGAGAAGUCAACGUCCGUUAACAGCAGCAGCAGUCUCAGCUUGAACUCGAUCGAGCCCAGGAAAACGAAGACCAAGUCGCAGAUCGUCAAGAAGUAUCAGAACGCGUGCCACGAUGAUCUCGACGAGGCUAGCACGAAUCUGCCGUUCAUCAAAUGGCUCGCGUCCAUCACCGAGCGGAUCAAUCAGACAAUGCACUUCCAGUUCGACGGUAAGCCGGACCCAUUGGUGUUCCACGUGCCGCAGGUCUUCUUCGACUGCCUGCGCGAGCGGAUAUCGUGCGGCGGCAAAAAGAAACGCCUGCCGAACUCGACGACAGCAUUCGUGCGGAAAGACGGCGUGCCGUUGGGCACGUUCACCAAAUACACGUGGCAGAUCACCAACAUCUUGCACGUGAAGAGUAUCUUCGAGACGCCGUACAUACCGUUGGAGAUCACGAGGAGCUUCGUGCAAAACGCUGACGGCACGUACGAAUUAUACAAGCGCGAGGAGACAGAGAUAGAUCGCUAUAAGAAGACGAAUAACAACGCGUUGAUCAAACCGUUAGAGUUGAAAACGUAUUUGAAAGUGGGUAAGCACACAUGGAAUACUUCUCCGAAUCAAGUCGAACCUACGCCAUUCUUGAUAGAGUGGAUACCGGAUAUUUUGCCAAUCUCAAAGAUAGGUGAACUUAGGAUCAGGUUCGAGUUUGGACACGUGAAAAAUGAAACGAGUCACAAGGGGAGGAAAAUCGCUCUUUCUAAGAAUUAUUAGGCUCAUACUGCUCUUGGAAUACCGAUCAUCGUGAAAUUUUCACUUUUCUACCACAACGGAUUCGAGAACGACUUCCGUAUUUCGUAAGAACUCUACAAGCUAAUUCGAUGUUAGAGGCUCUAGGCAAUCUGAAGUCUUGUUGAUGGUUAAUUGUAAGCUUCAAUGUUAUUUCGUGGUACGUAAAAUGAAACGAAUGAACUAUAUGCUUUAAGGUUGAACGACAACCAUCAGAUUUGUAGCAGAUGGUAAUAUGGACAGCGUUCCAAUAUUCGCUGUCCCAGUACAAAAAAAUCGAUAGUAAUACUUGACAUAAACUAUAGAUUUUCACACGGUACUGACAGUGAACAUAGUGGAAUGCAGUUCCAUAGUUUCUGGAAUCGCUAAUUCGAAGACUGAUGCAAUUCUCGCGAUUACAUGAACAUAGCACGACUCGACGUUAUAAGAUUUCGAUCCUAUUUACGAUUACAUAUAAAUUAAACGAAAUUAUGAAUUGUUGCUUACGCCGUCAGGCGUAUAUAUUCUCUGUAUUUUAUAUUGUAUAUUUUUUAUUUAACUUAAAACGAGAGAACGUCGUGUGAAGGACAUCCGAAUCAUGAGAAAUGUGUUAAUAUUAUUAUUAGCAAUUAUGCCGCGCCGUAGCGUGAGUUUUAAAAUAUUGUGAUAUAAAUAUAUAUUGUAAAUAUUAUAUACUUUAGACUUUACGCCGUUAUGUGUAAAAAAAUAUAUUUAUAUUAUUUAAUAACACACGAGAAUGUAGCUCUGUUCUGUGAGCGCACGUAUUACAUACCACACACACACACACGUACCACACAUUUGGACUUGAAAAUAAAUUAUAUUAUUAUAUAAAUUA